GGACCAGGGCCCCUGGGAGUGUCCUCCAUUUGGAGGCACAAAAUAUGGUAAUCCUAAAGACAAACCGUCACUAAAGAGAAACUCUCAUCUCCUGUUGCCGACUGCCUGAUCUUCAGCAGCAAAGAACGUAAGGAGGGGCCCGGGGGUUGUAUUUUCCACGUUAUGACAGACUGAUUGGACGUGCACUGAGUCUGGAAUAAGGCAGCACCCAAAGAAGGGCAACUGAUCAGAGAGAAACUAGGAAGAGAUGGGGAAAGGCACGCAGAAGGAGAAACCUGAGCCAGAGAAUCUGCUUAAAGUCCAAGGUGAUGCAGAGAAAGGAGCAAAGCCAGAUUAUGCCCCCGAGGCUGUUUUCAAAAAUCUCUCAUCCUGUAAAGCCAGAGCUGCAGUCACAUGCUUGAUGAGUAUCAUGAUCAUUCUCAUCCUCAUUCUGAUAGUAGCUCUGGCGGUGGUAGUGUAUCGUGUCCCUGAGCCUCUUCUUUCUGAGCCCUGCUGCCCAGACGGCUGGGUCGGGUACCGAGGGAAAUGCUACUAUUUCUCUGAAGGGGAAGGGAACUGGGAAUCAAGCCACCACAACUGCUCUUCCCUCGGCGCCUCCCUGGCUGGGAUCGACACUCUGCAAGACCUGGCUUUCCUGAUGCGCUAUAAGGGGCGCACUUACCACUGGAUCGGCCUGCGGCGGGAAGGAAGCCAGCCCUGGAAAUGGGUGGAUGGGACAGAAUUCAACAACAUGUUUGAAGUGAAGGGAGGAGGAAGCUGCGCGUAUCUGAACGACGUGGCCGUCAUCUCCUCGAGGUGCCAGACGGAGAAGAACUGGGUCUGUAGCAAACCCAGCCUGCAUCUGAAGAAGGAUUAGAAUGGGAUGGAACAGAAGAGGCCUUAAAACAGUGAGGCUCAUCCUCGCUGAAGGCAGCA